GUCAGCAGUUUUUUUGGUAAACCAUUCAAAAUGGCGGUCCACAUAGAAAAUGUUGAGGAACUUUGUUCAAAUCUUGAAGAAUUAGAACUAGAUGGGUCUGCAAAUGCAGAGGUUUACACACAGCUGUUGGCUAUCUAUCUGCUUCAAUGUGACAUCUGUAAUGCAAAGUUUCUUUGGAAAAGAAUACCAGAAGAUGUAAAAGCAAGUUGCCCUGAGCUUUCAAAGUUAUGGACUUUGGGAUGUCAUAUGUGGAAAAGAGAUUACCUCAAUAUUUACUCUUCUUUACAACAAGAUUGGUCACCUCUAAUCCAGACUUACAUGGUAUCAUUAAAAGAAAAAUUACAAGAAAAAGCAUUUAAUCUAAUUGCAAAUGCAUACACCUAUAUAAAAGUGGAUGACUUUGUGGUGUACAUGGGAAUGACAAAAGAGUCUGCUAUAGAAGUUGCCAAAAGCCGUGGAUGGAUCUUUGACACAAACAACAUGCUCUUGAAUCCGAAAAAACCAGAUACUGUUGCUAAGGAGAUUCCACUGACCAGUGAGCAAGAACUUGGCCUAUUAACUGACUAUGUGUCAUUCUUGGAAAACUAAACUAAAAUUCCCACUCCGUCAUGUUCGGCUUAACCAACAAAUGACAAGACCUUGCUUCUUGAGAAGAGAAAAUAGGAUGUUUAUUCAGCUAAAAGGAUUGAGACAAUCUAAAAUGUACAUAUUAUGUUUAAUCACGAAGUUGUUCUUAUUAUGGAAUUCUCUAAGGCUGUUCAUUUGAAAAUACUUAAAGAAAACUAAUAUCAAGCCUGAUUUCCAUGGGUCAAAGACACACCUACGAUGCCACCGCAGAUACUACCUUGGAUGCCAUUGCAUUGCGAUGAUGAAAACACCUUGUCGGCGGCGGCAUCACAGACUGUCCAGGUUUGCCCCCGGCAUGCCUGCCAAAGUUGAGUUGAGUUCAAGUUUUACAGCAUGUCGGCGGUGUCCGCGAUAGUCCCAGACUCGCCUGCGACGUACAAUGAAUAUGGAAACAUAUUCAGCCCCGUUUACACUAGCGAUUUUUGCGGCGAUUUUUGCUGCCAUUUUUUUGCGAUAUUGUCCAUAAUAAAUAAUGGUAAAGAGUUUACUUGUAAAGUUUUUUUCAGGAUACCAGGAUUUUCCUAGACGAAUGUCUCUUUUGAAGGAUGAGACAAAAGAUUUCAUAUUUCCGAAAAUUGCCACAAAAAUGGCAGCAAAAAUGGCCGCAAAAAUCGCCAGUGUAAACGGGGCUUUCGGCCAUCUGCCUGCGAUAUUUUCCGCUGGCAUAAUUGAUGCAACAAUUAUUGUAAUUUUACGCGAUUUUCGCCGUGCCGGUAUAACAUUUCCAUGAAUGGCGUCCUAGGUAGUGCCUGCAGUGGCAUCGCAGGCGUGUGGCCGACAUAACCGGCUCUAUAUCACAGGGCGUCUCAGGCUGCUUGAGACAUGACUGGGGCAAUAACCGGCGAUGUUAUCGCACGCGUGCCGCCGAUAUAUGGGAACCAUACGAAACGGUUAAAACAGUGAAAAAUAAAAUAAAAUUAUCGGAAAGUAGCAUGGAA